AGUAAGCAUUAACCAAUAACGAUGUUCCUUUCUUCGAUACGUGCUGGCUACCCACGUAGCAGAGUUUGGGUUGGGUUAUCACUACUAUAUAAGAGCAGCAAGAAGAACCGUCCCUCAUAUACUUUCUCAUAUAAGGAGACAAAAUGUCUAGAGUUCGUAAUACACAUAGUACUUUCCACGCAUACGGAAGAAGUCUACCUUCCGAUAAUUAUGACGAUUAUAUUAGUUAUAGAAGAGAAAUGUUAGAUAGAUUAAGAAGAGAAUACGAAAGGAACCGAAAUCGUGAUAGCGAUUCAACUGAUACUGCUGGUUCUAAAGUUAUUGAAGUAGACAGUGUUGAAUUGUAUGCCAGACAAAACGCCGAAGUACACCACACUAGACGUUACGAAAUCCUGAAAGUUAAAACUCCUUCACCUGUUUUAAGACGUGGCAGCCCUUUCUUCUUAGCUAUCAGAUUCAGAAGACAGUACGAUUCUAACAGAGAUUUAAUCAAAUUGGAAUUUACUUUCGGUCCAAAACCUAAUUUGAGCAAAGGUACUUUAGUGCAACUCGUCUUCUCUAACAAAAAGGAAUUUACUAAAAGUUCUCAACAUUGGGAUGUUCGUUUACACGAACAGAAUGGAAACAAUCUCUCUCUGCAAGUGCAAGUCCCUCCCAGCAUAGGGAUUGGCGUAUGGAGAUUAAAAAUUUUAACACAGGAUUUCAAAAGAACUAUUUCACCCGUCAGUUAUUUGUGCAAGGAAAAUAUUUACUUCCUUUUCAAUCCUUGGUGUCAAGAUGACCCAGUAUAUAUGGAAAAUGAUAACUUUAAAAAGGAAUAUGUAUUAAAUGAUACUGGAAAAAUCUUCGUUGGAUCACACGCUAAUCCAAGAGGAAGAAGAUGGAUUUAUGGACAGUUUACAGAUUCUGUAUUGCCAGCUUGCAUGUUUCUACUCGAAUUAACAAAUUUGGAUUAUACAGCAAGAUCGAACCCGAUAAAAGUUGUUCGAGCAGUUUCCGCUAUUGUUAAUAGUAACGACGAUAACGGAGUAUUAAUCGGAAACUGGUCUGGUAAAUACGAAGACGGCACUGCACCGUGGAUGUGGACUGGAAGCGCCGCCAUCUUGGAAGAAUAUAUGAAAAAGGAAGGAAGAUCCGUAAAAUACGGACAGUGUUGGGUAUUUGCUGGAGUUACAACAACUGUGUGUCGCGCUUUGGGUAUUCCAUGUCGAACUGUUACAAAUUAUGUUUCUGCCCACGAUUCUGACGAAACUAUGACUAUUGAUAAUUUUUAUGAGAAAAAUGGAGAAAAAAUUCAAACAAGAGAUUCAAUUUGGAAUUUCCACGUUUGGAAUGAUUGUUGGAUGGCAAGACCCGAUCUUCCAUCCGGUUAUGGAGGCUGGCAAGCUAUCGAUGCUACACCACAAGAAAGAAGCGAAGGAGUUUAUCGUGCUGGCCCAUCUUCGCUCGUUGCCAUACGUCGUGGAGAAAUUGGCUAUAUGUUUGACACUCCAUUUAUAUUUUCUGAAGUAAAUGCUGAUAUUAUACACUGGCAGAGAGAUGAAACUUCAGAUCUUGGUUGGAAAAAAAUGGCAAUUAAUAAAUAUCACGUUGGAAAGUUACUUGCGACAAAAUCAGUCGGAAUCGAUGAUAUUCGAGGAGAUAAAGAUUUACAAAAUAUAACUGAUGAAUAUAAAAGAAAAGAAGGAACUAUCGAGGAAAGAAUGACCGUCAGAAAUGCUAUUAGAUGCGGAGGAUUAAAUUUCAUAUACGAUAUACCAUCCGUCGAGAAAGAAGACGUCAUUCUGGAUCUUCUCGACAUUGAACAAGUGAUGAUAGGUGAACCAUUUAUGGUAACAGUCACGCUGGAGAAUAAAAGUGAUGAGCAAAGAACAGUUUUGGCUGUUUUAUCGGCCAGUAGUGUUUACUACACCGGUAUAGUAGCUGCUAAAAUUAAGGGAGAAAAUGUCGAAUUUAUGCUGAAACCAAAACAAAAGGAAGUCCUGCAAAUAAAAGUAACUUCUGACGAAUACUACGAUAAGUUAGUAGAUUACUCUAUGAUAAAGAUAUAUGCCGUUGCAACAGUUAAGGAAACCAAACAAACAUGGUCUGAAGAGGAUGAUUUUCAAGUGAUCAAACCUUCUGUCGAUUUAGAAAUUGAAGGAACUCCAAAAGUAAACCAACAAUUCGGCUUGAAAAUGAGUUUUACAAAUCCCUUAGACAGAAAAUUGACUGAUUGCACAGUUUCUAUCGAAUGCCCAGGAGUUACCAUGUCCUAUCGUUUCGAUGUCAGAGACGUGAAACCCAAAGAAACAUUUGUUUAUCGCGAGCGUCUGAAACCCCAGACAGAAGGAAGCACCAAGCUGGCUUUGGUGUUUAAUUCGCGACAGUUGAACGAAUUAACUGGAUCUAUCGAAUUGGAUGUCGAAACUUUUAUUCAUAAAUGCUCACCUGUGCCACACAACAUGGGCAACGUCUGGUCCUAUCUGGGAAAUUGCUGCGAUGAUACAUCGCGUGAAACUUCUCUACCAAUUCAUAAUUUACCUCGACCUCCCACUACGGUUACAGAUGGUUCGGUAUCAGAAAAAAUUUUAAAAAUUCAAAAAGUGGAUUUGGCCGUUCACGAAAAUGCUGCAAAACACUAUACAGAUAAAUAUCAUCUGGUAAAUCAAGUAAAUCCUACUUUAAUUAUUAGAAGAGGAUUCCCGUUAAAAAUAAAUAUUCAAUUAAACAGAAAAUAUGAUAAUAAUAGGGAUUUCUUAAAUUUGAUCUUCACCGUAAAAGGUGCUAAAAUGGCCUCUUACUCUCAAGGAACCAUGAUUUCGGUACCGGUUGAAUAUGACAGUAAUUCUGUUCUGCCUACAGAUGGAUGGAAAGCGAAAUUUCUAUCAGAACAGGAGGAAUGGAUCAGGAUUGAGGUAACAACAGCAGCAAAUGCGAUUGUCGGAGAAUGGAUUUUGGAAGUGGAUUCAAAAUUAAAUCCUGGAUACGGAGAGGAAACUUUAAGAUAUGCUGUUAAUGAUACUAUUUUUAUUAUUUUUAAUCCGUGGUGUAAAGAUGAUCAAGUAUACUUAAAUAAUGAAGAACAUAGGAAAGAAUAUGUGCUAAAUGACAGUGGUUUGAUUUGGAGAGGAACUCACAACAGAUUAAAGCCGGCUGCAUGGAAUUAUGACCAGUUUGAAGAGCGUAUACUAGAAAUAAGUUGUUACCUUCUGAAACAUGGUGACACUUUAAAUAUCGUGUCUAGAAGUGAUCCAAUUAAAGUUUCACGUCAUCUUUCGGCAAUUAUAAAUUCACCGGAUGAAGGAGGUGUCGUUGAAGGAAAAUGGAUAGGAAGUUUCAGUGGUGGUGAACAUCCUACUUCGUGGACUGGAAGUAGAGCCAUACUUCAAAAAUUUUAUAAAUCGAAAAGGCCUGUUAAAUAUGGUCAAUGUUGGGUUUUUGCUGGCAUUUGUACAACCGUUUGUAGAAGUUUGGGAAUCCCGUGUAGAACUGUUACAAAUUAUUCUUCUGCUCACGACACGCAUAACAGUUUAACAAUCGAUUACUUUUUUGAUGAAGAAGGUAAUCCAGUAAAAGAACUCAAUCGUGAUUCAGUCUGGAAUUAUCAUGUUUGGAAUGAAGUAUGGAUGUCAAGAGCAGAUCUUGCACUUAAUAGUUAUAAUGGAUGGCAAGUAAUUGAUGCCACGCCACAAGAACUAUCAGACGGUAAAUAUCGUUGUGGUCCGGCUAGUGUUGUUGCUGUUAAACAGGGAGAAAUAUUGAAGACGUUUGACACCACAUUUGUUUAUGCUGAAGUAAAUGCUGAUAAAGUUUAUUGGAGAUACUACGGUCCUAAUAAACCAUUAAAGUUAAUUUUUACACAUACUGACGAAAUUGGGCAAUUAAUCUGUACAAAAGCUGUUAAUGAAUUUACUAUGGAAGAUAUAACUCAUCAAUAUAAAUUCAGUGAAAGAACUGCCGAAGAAAGAGAUGUAAUGUUGAGAGCAUUGAAACUUAAGAAAGAUGUAUUCUCAAGAUAUUACCUGAAUGACGAAUUCGAAGACGUUGAAUUCAAUUUCAAUUUAAUCGAUGAUGUUCUGAUUGGAUAUCCAUUUUCUGUACGACUAAAGGCCAAAAAUAAGAGUGCUGAAAAAUCUUACACCAUCAAGGUUAUUCUUCGAGUGGAUACCGUGUUAUAUACUGGAGAAAUAAAGAAGCAAUUAAAAAAGGAAAAUUAUAAAUUUGUAUUAAAACCUUUUAAAGAAACCGAAGCGAUGCUUAAAGUAUCGUACGAAGAAUACGAAAAAGCGAUAGACCAUCAAGCAGCAUUUAAUAUGUCCGCAAUGGCUACAGUUUCUGAAACCAAUUUUGAUUACUUUGCCCAAGACGAUUUUCGAGUUCGAAAACCAGACAUUGUUAUCGAAACUAAAGGAGAAAUUAUCGUUAAUAAAGAAUUUACGGUCCACGCGUACUUUAAAAACCCAUUACCAAAGGAAUUGAAAAAGGGCAUCUUUCUUCUAGAAGGUCCUGGUUUAACGAAACCAUUGCCGAUCAAAUUGAAAGAAGCUGUCAGCGUGGGAGGUGAGGCACGAGUGACUACAACCAUGACACCUAAAUUAGCAGGAGAAAAAACAAUUGUGGCUAAAUUUACAUCCAAAGAAUUACAAGAUGUAGAUGGAUUUAAAACUAUAGUCGUUAAAGAACAAUCCUAAAUAAUAUUUUAUAUUGUGAUUCUUUUUAUAACUUUUUAUAAGCUUUAUUUAAAUGUAUAUCUGUAUAGUGAAAAAAAAAGAAAUAUAUAAUUUCUGUAUUUUUAACUUAA